AUGAGCCGCGCCCGCGCCACGACUGUGGCCAAUCCAACAACCGCAGCAGCAGCAGCAGCAGCUCCAUCCGCAAUAGACCACAGCGCCCACCAUGAUAUUCACGCGCACAACCACAGCUCCGGUCCUUCCGGGCCAGGGCCGGCCGGCCCGGGCGCCAUCAUCGGGGAGCUGGUCCGGCGCGCGUCCGUCAGCAUCAUGAACACGAACCCGCAGCUGGGCAUGUGGCAAGCCACCGGCACCGCCAUCGCCCAAGCGCCCAACCUCGCAGAGCUGCGUGGCACCGAGUCUGGCGGGCUCAACAUCGAGUUCAACAGCCAGGGCCACUCGGCGCGCAUCGUGGCCGAGGAGGACGACGGCGAGCUCGUGCUGGUACGGUCAAACACAAACUUGUCGAUGGCGGCGGCGGGGAGGAGGGGCUCGCUCAUGGGUGGUGGUGGUGGGCUGACGCGACGGGACACGGGGACGGGGACUGUGCUGGCGGAGGUACGCGAGGACGAAGAUGGUGACCACCAGGGAAAGCCACCCACCUCCCGGCCGGCGUCUUCAUCUGGGAGGACCGGGAAUGGCUUGGAGGCGGUGACCACGGUGCCCGACAGCGGCCGCGAUGACAGGAAGGGCCGCCGCCACGGGCACCGGUUCAGGGGACUCAAGAGGCGGCAGACGCUCAAGGACAAGCACAAGCACGAGAGGCUCGAGAAGUGGGGGCCCACGGUCCGCAACGGGCUGCUCGCGUUCUGGAAGUUCUUCACCACGUUUGCCGGCUUCUGCAUCACUAUAUACGGCCUGAACAUUGUGGCCUGGGGUGCCAUGCUCUUCUUCCUCCUCCUCAACGCUGCCCCCGCCAUGGCGGUGCCCAACGCCGACGACGACUACUCCCCGCGCAAGAUCUGGCUCGAGAUCGACUCGCAGAUUCUCAACGCCCUGUUCUGCGUCACCGGCCUGGGCCUCGCGCCGUGGCGCUUCCGCGACCUGUACUUUUUCGUGCGGGCCACGCGCUUCCGGGACGCCGACGCGAUGCAGCGCCUUGCGAGGCAGAACAAGGGUUGGUUCCGCCCGCCGCGGUGGGCCGUCACAGACGGCGCCGCGGCCAAUGGUAGUGGUGCUAGGGGCGAUGGUGCUGCCGCAUCGAUGGGGAGUAAUACCGCAGGCCAAUCGACGACGACGACGACGACGACAGCAAAGUACAGCAACGUGCCCACCACGGACCACGACCGGUUCCGCGACCACGACGACAACGGCGGCGACAUUGAGCUCGGCCACGGCACUCAGCGCCACCAUGACCACGACGAGGAGGAUGAGCAGGAGGAGCUGGACUUUGAGCCCCGGCUGGCGGCCAGGUCGAUGACGUUUACGGGCCAGACGGCCCCGCCCACGGCGCUGUGGAAGCUGCUCUUCACCAUCAUGAUGAUGGUGAUGAACACCGGGUUCCAGGUCGUGCUGUGCUACUUUAUGUGGGGGUACAAUCGGUUCAAUCGGCCGUCCUGGGCCACGGGCACAUUCAUCGCGCUCGGAUGCGCAACGGGCAUGUUCUCGGGCCUCAUGUCAUGGUGGGAAGGGAGAAAGGUGAAAAAGAUCGAGGGGCCAGAGGUCCAGAUUGUUGAAAAGGGCGAGGUAUGA